GCCAAGAGGCAACGAGGUUCGUGUGAAGAGUGUCGGAUUGGUCAACAGGGAAGGGGACGAUAGGUGGACUAUCGGGAUGGCGGACAAGGGCGAGUCAAGGCGGGGAAGUGGAACGAGUUCUGGUCUUCCACCUGAUGGACGCAAGCGCUAUAAGUGCGGAGAGGGUGGGAAUUUUAUUCAGGACUGCGCCGAAUUCUGGCAGGCAAAAGCACUCGGUCGUACCUUUGUCCCGAGUACACAGACUACGAACAUGGCGCGUACCGGGAAAGCUCCCCUGGGCGUGGGUCCUGGGAUUGCCGGUUGUCAGAGCAGAUCAGCCGAGAGUGGGAGCGAGAGAAGUGAAGGUGCUGACGAUACAAAUGUUUUGAUGCGCGAGUACUUUGUCCAAAUGGCAGAAGAACGGAGAGCGAGGAUCGAGAGGGAGGCAGAAGAUUACAGGCGGCGUAGAGAGGAAGAAGCUCGGAUUAGCAAGGAGAAUAGGAGGAUGAUGAAGCAAGAAGUUAGGAGAAAACGAGAAGACGAGAGGGACGCGAGAUUGCUACGGAUUAUUCGAGGAGAAAUUAAGAAAGAAAGCGACGAAGAAGAAAAAACCUUUUUGAAAGGGCAACGUCCGGUGAAGAGUCGGAGUGACGCGAUUGAAGCGGAGAAGGAGAGACUGCGUCGGCGAAUAGCUAAGGCUGCUACCGAAGAUACUGAAGGAACGGAUGAUGAAGAGCUGACCGCACUGAGGAAACAAGAAGCCAAACUGGAGCUGAGCGAGAAGCGGAAGCGGGGCCCUGAUUUACUGAUAGGUAACAACCCGCCACUUGUUACUCCGAGGAAGCGAACAAAUACGAAGUUAUCGGCAAAAUCUAAGAAGAGGAUCGAGCAAAUCAAGGGGGACCAAACGUGCGAAGAAGGAGGGACUAGCACUCCAGCCAAGAUUGACCUAUCACUGAAGCAUAUCACGGCUUCAUGUGGUGUGGGUGGGAAGGAGAAGUUUGAGCAGGAGUGCUUUGACUUCUACGACGCCCUGAAUAUUGAUGAGCUGAAAGAAGCGUGUAGACGGGAAAAGGUAACGUACAGAAACAGGGAGAUGGCAAUCGAGUGCUUGAUUACACGUCGGUCAACAACAGCGUAUGAUCCAACUAUUUUACCUCUUCCAGCAACUUCGGGAGUGAAGACAAGAAGUGCAAAGGGAAUCACCAUCAAGGAUGAGAACAAAUCGGAGAGUUCAUUGUUUUCCGACAGUGACGAUGAUUCGGUGUGAGGUGUUGGUCGUUGUGACGACUACUAUGUAGUAGCAGAAAAACUAA